GAAUCCUGCUUCCAGAGGUGCAGCAGCAGGAGCUGAGCAGGGGAGGUGGAUCCAGUAUCCUCGAGCCCCACGACCAUGGACAGAAUGACUAGGGAACAGCCCCUGUCCAGACAAGAGAAGGUGAAGAUUGUGAGCAGUCUCUUGAAGCAGGCCCCGCCUGAAGAAUUCUGCGAGGCCUUCAGCGAUCUGCGCCUGCUGGUGGGUGAUGACAGCCUGAUGUGCCAGGAAGCUGCCUCCCUCUGUGCCCUGCACAACAAGCUCCACUUCACUCCAGUCAAGAGGAAGGAGUGUGAGGUGCUGCUGACCCGCCACAACGAGCUGGAGGAAAAACACUUCCUUGACUCCCAGAGACAGGUCUCUUUCAAAUUUGACCACCUGAGGAAAGAGGCAAGUGAGUUUCAGGCUCACCCACAGGAAGAUGAGAAAGGUGAGGCAUGGAGAAGGGCCCUCUAUGAGAGCCUGAAAGCAUACGUCAGCAGCCACUAUCCUGGGGGAAUUUGCAGUGUCUUCAUCAAGGAUACAGCAAUCCGGAAAAUCCUCAUCGCCUGCAUUGCGGGUCGUCUGCACCGGCCCUCAGCCUUCUGGAAUGGCCUGUGGAAAUCAGAGUGGACUUUCACCUUGACUCCCACUUCCACUUCCACCCAGGUGACCGGGACCAUCAUGGUGCAGGCUCACUACUUUGAGGACGGCAACAUACACUUGACAGUGUGCAAGGAUGUGGCAGAGAGUCUGCCUGUCACCACGGAGACCCAGACCUCCCAGGACUUUGUGAAACUGCUGGAGGAUGCAGACAACCAGUUCCAGGAUGGGCUGAUGGAAGAAUACCGGAGGAUGAGCGAUACCCACUUGAAGGCUUUCCGAAGACAGCUGCCCAUCACCCACAGCAUGAUCAACUGGGAGAAAAUAGUGACAGCUAAGAUAGUGAAGGCACCUGCUGUCCAAUGAAAGGCCAGUUUGUAUGGGAUAUCUGAAUAAAGUGUUCAGGGAA